AGAGGCAGCACCGACGGGCGGCGUCAUAACUUCCAGACUUGUGUGUGGCAGCUCUUUUAUGAUUAUUUCAAAUACGAAUACAUUACCUGUAUGCAUGCUUGGUAUGCAUUAUUAGACCUCUGUUUAGGUAACAAAACACGAUUUGCCAACAAAUAAUUGGUAGACUUAUUUGCUGACGUAAGUCUGAAAUAUUUGUGACUGUAUGUGUCAUUGUGCACUCAGUUGGGACUUAGAUCAGUUAAAGAAACAUUAUUCUUUGUUGGUGUUUUGAUGUUUUCAACCAAGAAAGUUUUCAUAAUUCAUCAGUAGUAUUAAAACAUGCACUAUAAGUAUACUUAUAAAUUAAGUUGGGUCUUUCGAUAAAUCAGCUGACUUAAACCGUUAUAGUGACAUAAGGUUGACUAAUGUCAUUGACAGUCGCAGAAGACAACUUUGUUAUCUUUACUCUUUGAGAGUGUUCGCAAGUUUAUAUUUACGUUUUUAAUGUCCUAUUAAAAUUUGAUUCAAUUAAAUAUUUUAUGUGCUAGUUUCCAGAAUAAAUGAGUAAGUACUCAAGUGAUUCUGACUCAAGUCGAUGGAGCGAAAGACAUAAGAAGAAAAAGAGUAGUGGCAGAGUGCGAGAAAGGUCAAGAAGUUCGUCAGAAUGUGAUUCAGACAGUGACAGUAAUUAUUCAUACAAGAAGAAGUAUCACAAGCACAAACGUGGCAAAAAUCAUCGUUCUCGUAGCAGGGAUCGGUACACUUCGCGAAGAAGCCAUCGAGUACGCAUACAAGAUGAACGGUCUCACAGCAGCCUGAGAUCGCGGUCCGGCAGCAGGACUCGCAGUCGCAGAUCGUCAAAGUCGCCCGUCAGGGGCCGCUGCAAAGGCAGGUCCCGUUCGUCGUCGCAGGGCAGGGGCAAGGACCGCAAGCACAAGAAACAGACCAGGAGGAGGUCCCAGGAGAGGCCGCAGCGUUCGUCCUCGUCCUCGUCGUCCAACGGCGACUCGUGUUCCGAGUCUCCGUCUCCGUCCCCGGCGCCCGAGCCCGGGAACUCUCCGGAACUGGGCGGGAAAGAGCGCACGGUGGAAGAGUUGCGUACCAAGCUACAGCGGGCCAUCAAGGCAGCGCAGUCCGCUGACAGCCAGCUGCGACAGCAAGGGCUGCUGAACGCUGACGAAAACAGAGAUCUGGUCGCUGAAGUCGCGCAGAGAAGCAACACCAUAGAUGAGAUCAACGACCUGAAGGAGUUUGUGCCGAAGCAGUUCACGUCCUCCAGGUCAAAGCCCAAGACGGCCGCCGGCUUGCCAGCGGCCGCCACGAGCGUGGCGGUGGACCCUGCGAGUCUCACCGAGGCUAAAUUCUCUGCUUUGGCCAUGGACACUUCUGGAAGCAUAUUCCACGCCAGCUUGAUGGUGGAUCCGCAGUUGAAACUCGACAGGUGGGUCAAGAAGUUAUUCCACCUUCGCCAAAGAGCACUGCAAGGAGAGCCGUUAUAAUAAUUUUUGGUAUAGAUUGUAAAUGGUCAUACUGGAUUAAACAACAGACCUAGUUUAUGUACACAUUGCCAAGUUAUAAAAAAAUAAGGAAGAUUGGUCACUAGCAGAUUAACUAAGCAAAUAAAUUAGGUAACUGUGUAAUACGUGUCUGCUUUCUCGCCAUUCCAAUUCAGUUUGAGUGGUGUGGUGUGUACAGUUGAAAAUGUUAUGAUCUUCUAAAUGGAAUUAUGCAAUGAAAAAUGGAUGUCAUAAAAACAGUAAUUUAAUGUGUAAUAUACUUAAAUUCAUUGUUGUGUAGUUUCACUAAACACUGUUCAGUUUGUAGAAUAUGUGUAUAAUACUAUUUUACCAACAUUAAUUUAGAUACCAUUGGGCAGGCUGUGUUCUGGGAGUAUGCUCACCCCAUUGACCCCAUUGUUCAGAUAUAAUAGUAGUUCUGCUGUUUUAUGUUGCUUUAAAAUAUGUGACUUCACUCUGUAGCUAAGUAUUUUGGUUAUGCAGGUAUAAAUAAAUAAGUUAAACCAUGUUUACAUUUUGUUAAACUGAUUCCAGGAAAUUGUUAAACUAAAGUAGAAGAAACUUUAUAAACCUAUAUGUAAAUAGUAUUAAUUAACUCAUUUAUACCUCAAUUUUUUGUUACCUUUUUUUUUUGUCUGUCAGAUUAGACCAUGAAAUCAUGCCCAGUGUUAUUUUGAUUUUAUUAUAACCUUACUUUAGUAAAUACAUUACAGUCACACAUUUUUAGUGUCAGUUAAAACAUUAUAAACAGUAAAAUUUUGCUAACUGUGAAACAAUCUCUUUUUUUUUUUGUUGAAAAUACAGCUUUAUUUGCAAAAUGACAAAAUGAGCUUAUAUUUAACUUGAAGCCCUUGUUAUUCACCUGUUUUGGUUGUUAACAAUGGCCAUGAAAACUGUAUUUUAGUUUUGACAAUACAAAAAAAAACUUAUCUACUGCAAA